GAUAUAUCAGCAUCCCUGACAGCAGCGCUUUGGUAAUCCGGAUACCAACUGAUUACUGUCUACUGGCCAGCGCUUUAAGGGUUCCAGCAAGGAUGCAAGUGUUGCUUAAGCAGCGAAGCGGCAUUCGGCCCUCACAGCCUGGCCGUCGGGCUGUACAGGUCCGCGCCGUGGCCGCACCCGUCAAGUCCGCUGCCGCCACCGCCAAGACACCCCUGGUCACCCCGGAGGUUGCCAAGGACCUCUACUAUGACAUGGUGCUUGGCCGCGAGUUUGAGGAGAUGUGCGCGCAGAUGUACUACAGGGGCAAGAUGUUUGGAUUCGUACAUCUGUACAGCGGCCAGGAAGCCGUCUCCACCGGCGUCAUCCGGCUGCUGCGCCCGGACGACUACGUGGUGUCAACCUACCGAGACCACGUGCACGCGCUGAGCAAGGGCGUGUCCGCGCGGGAGGUGAUGGCGGAGCUCUUCGGAAAGAAGACGGGAUGCUGCAGGGGCCAGGGCGGCAGCAUGCACAUGUUCAGCUCCAAGCACAACCUGCUGGGCGGCUACGCGUUCAUCGGAGAGGGCAUCCCCGUGGGCCUGGGGGCGGCCUUCCAGUCCAAGUACAGGCGCGACGUGCUGGGCGAUGAGAAGGCCGACUCGGUCACCUGCUCCUUCUUCGGCGACGGCACCUGCAACGUGGGGCAGUUCUACGAGUCGCUCAACAUGGCGGCGCUGUACAAGCUGCCGCACGUGUUCGUGGUGGAGAACAACCUGUGGGCCAUCGGCAUGAGCCACCUGCGCGCCACCAGCCGCACCUCGGGCGAUGUGGACCCGUACAUCUACAAGAAGGGCCCGGCGUUCGGCAUGCCGGGGGUGCUGGUGGACGGCAUGGACGUCCUCAAGGUUCGUCAAGUCGCGCAGGAGGCCAUUGAGCGCGCCCGCCGCGGCGAGGGCCCCACGCUGAUCGAGGCGGAGACCUACCGCUUCCGCGGCCACUCGCUGGCCGACCCCGAUGAGCUGCGCUCCAAGGAGGAGAAGGCGCGCUACCAGGCCCGCGACCCCAUCCCGCAGCUGAAGGCCUAUAUGCUGGAGCAGGGACUAGCCACGGAGGCUGACAUCAAGGAGAUCGAGGCGCGGGUGGCGGAGGAGGUGGACGACUGCGUCAAGUUCGCCGACGAGUCACCCAAGCCCGAGCGCGGGCAGCUGCUGGAGAACGUGUUCGCCGACCCGCGGGGCUUUGGGAUCGCGGAGGACGGGCGCUACCGCUACCAGCAGCCCGGCUUCAGCUCCGGAACCGCCGUGGUGUCGUAAAUGAGGUCGUGAGUGUGCCGAUGACGUGGGUGCGGGAGUGUACUGGGAAGAGGGAGAGGGGAGGGAGGGGAAGAGAAGAGUACGUUGCGAGUGAGAGUGCAGAUGUGUAAGAGGAAGGUGGGGAUUGAGAGGCGUAAUGUUCGUAAUGCGCCUUGCCCUGCGGGGUUUAGAAUUGGGUUACUGCGGGCAGGGAUUUGCGUUUUUUGGAGUGUUACAAGCGGUGGCGGCUGCAGACAAGUGCCGGCGUUGUGAGGGUCGAAGGGUUAAGUGUGAGUCUAAAUCACCGGUUUCUCCAUGCGUGGAAGAUGACAUGUACCGCACAAAGGAGGGAUGAAGACUGUGUCGUAUAGUACUACGGCUUGCUCCGCUCGAAUCUUGGGUUCCUAGCUUGUGUCUAGGGUGAGAGUGAGAGGGGGUCGCUUCGUUGCUCGAUCGGAUAGAUACCCGAAGAUUCGCAUACCCGAAGAGAGAUGUCAUCGUACACACGAUGCACACACCGAUCAGCGCCGUAACCGGCGUCGCCUGAUCAGCUUUUUGCCUUUCAUUGCUCGAUGAUGGACGGACGGGUUUUGUUUGCCGGUGAAUGCGGAUGUUGUGUGGGAAGGGUGUCCCUAUAGCGGGUAGCAGGUUGAGGAGGCAGAUGAAGCGAGUGCUUGUCACCUUUCGCUGCUGACAUUGUGAUAGGGAGACACAUUGUGAGUGCAAGUUUGGAAGGUCAUAUUUUCGCAUGUCGCUGACAGCAACUGCUGCUGCGGCGGCGGGCACUGCUGUUCAAUUUGUUUCUAUGUGUGGUCGCGAUAGGAUGGACUUCCCUUGUGCUUUCAACCCAUACCUGCACUGCAUUGAUUGUUUGCCUUGAUUAAAAGUCCCGGCUGAAAGGGCACAACGGCUCGGCAAUGCAACCUUGAUGCCGUUCCCCAUGUACAAUAACCGGAUGUAACAGUACGGUUUAUGUAUUGUAUGCUAUUGGCUGUUACUUCUCUUCCGUAACCCAUGUAAGUUCCCCUUCUAACAG